GGAUCAAGUACAGGUACUGUUUUAUUAUUACAGAGAAAAGGGAAUCAUUUAACCAUGAAAUAAACCCAAUAGGGAUAUUCCAAUUUCCAAGACCUUUAUUAAUUGUCGCACAACAUAUGUAGUCUAUGCUCUCACUUGUCCGUGUAACAAAGUUUAUGUGGGGCGGACUAUAAGAUCAGUGGGAAGUAGGGUUAAUAAGCACAUCCGUAACAGUAAAGCAGGGAGAAUGAACCAUGGGGUAUCGAGACAUUUUAAGCUGUUUCACAAUAAUAGUGAUCCCAAAGGGAUAUUCUUUAUGGAAGUGUAAAAAUAAUUGUAUAUUUAUUAUAAAUAAAUCAAUGUGUUACAUCAAAGUAGAUGUAGUAUAGAAUAGUAUGCAGGCGGGUAUAUAGAGGGGGUUGGCCCAUAGGAACCCAAUAGUCCAUGAGGAAUCGCAGAGCGCGAAACGCGUCGGACUGCCUGGAGAGAGGACCCGUAUUGACAGACUCGGCACCUACCGGUGACGUCACCGAAGGGAAAGGAACAGCGUGUGAGUCGCAUCCCUCAGCCAAUGUGCCUCUCUCUGUCUUAUCCCUAGUAAGUUCCCGGCCGGGACAAGGGGGGUUGUGUAUUUGUUCUUAUGCCCAGUUAGGGCUCUGUUUUAUUGUGUGCUUGUAGUUACUUGGAGGCUAUGAGAUAAUUGAAUACCAUAUAGUGUGCAAUUUUAUCUCUAUAUGCACGCCUGCAUUCUUAGUAUUUGCACAGAGUAAGAGGGAAAACAAGGGUUUUAUUUGUGUAACUUCUUUAUUAAAUAUCCCUCAGUGGGGCUAAGAGCCAUAUAUUGGCUAUAGGCGGUGUAAUACUGCAUCUGAUAUCUGGAGAAGUUAAUUAAGGAUCCAAUUAAUUGUUUUAUGGUGUUUUAAGCUCCUCACUUUUUUAUUCUAAUAAUUGGGAUAUACUGUGGGAUUUUUAAUUCAGUGUAUUUCUAUUGAUUUUCCCUCUUGAUUUCCUCAUAUAUGGGUCAGAGCAAUGAAUUCUCUUUUAAACACUCUAAUUGAUUUCUCCUGAGGGAAUGAUAUGCAUUAACUGGGAAUUCAAUAAUAAAUCAUUGGGAAGUAAUACAUGGUUUCUGUUACUAUAUUUAAUGUCUUCUGCCCUAUGUGAUUUUCUCUUGUAUAUAUAAUCUAAUUGGUAUUUUUAAUUAGUGGUGUAUAUGAUUUUUUUUUUUAUUAUUUAAAAUUGAUUCUACUUUGAUGUAACACAUUGAUUUAUUUAUAAUAAAUAUACAAUUAUUUUUACACUUCUUUGGGUGUUUUUAGCGCCAACUCCUUUGGAGAUAAUUUGUGUAUGCACUAUAGGAUUAGUAGGGAGGAGGGCAGCUACAUCUAAUUAUUAAUGUUGGUUAAUGGCAAUUUAGCACUGCAAAAAUAUAUAUAUUUUUUUUUUCUCUUUCUUACAGUCCUUCCUUCUAGACCUUAAUAUCUAUAUUGUUGUGUUUUGUAAUCUUUAAAGCGCAGAUAAGGUUUGCCUUGAUAUUCUUUAUGGGACUGGAGCAUAUUUCUCCCAAGUUAAGAGGUGGAGACGGAUUUACUAGAUUAAGACAACGAGAAAACGUUUGGAUUUUUAAAUUGAAUACAUUGCAUCCGGAAGGACUCAAUGUAGAUUUGGACUUGGCGGCAUUUUAAAUUCAAUUUUAAGCUUAUUUUUGGUCAAUUAUUGGAUUCCUGGUAUUUAUUUAUUUCUAAUUUAUCUACAUUUUAAGUAGGAAUAUGCUUGAUAUGGGCUGUUUUAACGAGACAUCUCUUUAUUUCUUUAUGAUUAGCGGAUAAGUAGUAUAUAAAUAAAUAAUAAAUAAACAAACAUACAACUCUCCCAAUCUUUGGGGAGAGGGAUGAUGGGUUAUAUAUGGGUAAUAUAAAUUCUUCCAUCUGACACAAUGCCAUAACACCAUGGCCUUUUGCGCUAAAGAGAGAGGGGUUGCUAUGGCAACGCGCGUUGUUUCCAUUGUACAUAUCGCUUUACCAGCGCUAGAUUGAGUUCCCUACAGUAUUUCCCAUAAGUUUUACUCUUGCAGCCCCACUAUGUAUUAGGCGCUUCUACAUUCACUUACUGGAGGUUCCCCUAUGUCUAGUUACCCACCCUUAUGCCUAUUCUAAUAGAGGGAACAAAAAAAGCACAAUAAAAGCUCUGGGGGUGCCAAAUAAGAGCUAUGAUUGGUUAGGGGGUCAAGUGCGGGGUAUGGCACAUUAUUUAGCAUACAGGCCUAUCCAAUGGCGCUAUAGCUGUGCAUAAAUCUAUAUAACCCCUGCCCCCAGAUGUCACACUGUACGUACCUGUACCCCACCUUACGAGCUCUGGUACAAGCCACUACACAGGUCUCCUACCACCAGUUACCCCACCCCUAACUCUACGAUCCAAACAGCCCGCCUCCGCAAGCUUAACCAAUCACGCACCCAGUUCAAUCCAGAAUCAUUGAAGCAUCCAAUCCGCUAGGGCGAUACUUGAGUCGGCCCGCCCGCUCACCAGGUGUCUUCUGGGAAUUGUAGUUUAUUCUAUCGCUAUCCACAUGUGUUUAAACUACAAUUCCCUCAGGUUUAGAUUCCAAAACGAAUACCCGAUAUGCAAAGGAGAAUUAUGACAACAUGUCUUUAUCUUCAUAACAGUAUAUGUAUUAUAAUUUCAUUAAUACAUUAUAAUUAUCAUUGCUAAUGAAAGAUUUUGAUUUAACUUUUCCUCUACAUAGGAAAUAGGCGUGUGAACAUUUGUGACACUUAAUUCCAUUUUUAUCCCAACUCCACCCCCAUUCGCAGCCAUUCUAUAGAUUAUACUCCAGUUCUGGAAUUGUAAAAACUUUUUACACACGGAUGAAACAACCGUUUGCAAAACCAGGUGAAGAUCUCCUUUAUCUAAAGGAAUGUUCAUGUAGCGCCAUCUAUCGGCUAUUUUUCACAUUACAGGCUGUUAUUAAUCCACAUAGCUUUAACUAGCGCGGAGGGAUACCUGGAGAUUAUACAACCAGCCUCUUUAAUCCUUUAGGGCCCCAAUUUCACAUUACAAAGUUGCAUCAGGACUUUAUGGACCUAGGAAUGAUACGGACUGGAGCCUGGAAUUUACUGUAAGUACUGGAUGUGCUGAAGGAGCUGCUGGGCUUCAGGAAGGGGACUGGGUACUAGGAAGCCCCAGGGGGGGCAAUUGCAACAGGAAGUUGCCUGAGAGGGGGCACAUCAUUGGGCCUUUCAAAACGAGGCUGCAGAGACCCUAGUGGCACAGACUGGGGGCUUUCUGGUAGGAGGUGUCUGUUGAAAUUAGAAAUUAAUUCUAACUUAGGGAAUUGCUACAAGGUGACUCUGGGACUUGGGGUGUCAUAGUCAGGUAAGUAGUGGAACUUUGGCACCCUGAGUACCCCAAGAACUUAAAUAAAGAGCUGAUUAUAUUAUAUGGAACUGGGGGUUGGAUAUUUGGGAGUCUUGAUUGUCUCAGCAAAAGUAACUAGUAGUAAAAAGUGGAACUUUGGCACCCUGAGUACCCCAAUAACUGAAAUAAAGAGCUCGUUAUAUUAUAUGGAACUGGGGGUUGGAUAUUUGGGAGUCUUGAUUGUCCCAGCAAAAGUAUCUGCCUGCCUCUGUGGCAGAAUUAGGGGACUCUGUGGGCUUCACAGGGGGGUUCCUGCUGUCCCGGGGGCUGUGGGAGAUACAGUAAUAGAAGCCACAGGGAGUACCUGUAGAUAUUGGGGUGCAAACUCAACGUUAGCCCAGUGUCACAACCACCAGCGAGGGGAAUAAAGUGAUCUUUUUGUCAACAGUCUCAGGGAAUCCCUAAGUGUUAGACUGUAUUUGCUUCCUCCGGUGUUGGUAACAUCAGGCACUGGUUACUGAGGGAACAGGAGAGACGGGGAGUAAAUCCGUGGCUGUAGUGAAGGAUCACAGAGAAAACUCGAUGAGGGACGUUACUUCAUGACAGAGAAAGGAGCCUCUGGCUUUAUCCAAGCAAGAUCUGGGAUGCUUAUCCGCACUAUACCGCUUGUCUAGUUCUAUACCCACCUGAGGAUUAACACUUGUUUGGAAUGGCCGCCUACAUCGAAUUUGUGCCCCCUCCGGAAUGCCCGGUGUUCGAGCCCAGCUGGGAGGAAUUCUCUGAUCCCCUGAGUUUCAUCGGACGCAUCCGACCGAUUGCUGAAAAGACAGGGAUAUGCAAAAUCCCACCUCCCAAGGACUGGCAGCCGCCCUUUGCCUGCGAUGUCAAAAGCUUCUGCUUCACCCCUCGGGUACAGCGCCUCAACGAACUAGAGGCAAUGACCCGUGUCAAACUCGAUUUCUUGGAUCAGCUGGGAAAAUUUUGGGAGCUGCAAGGUUCCGCGCUCAGAAUUCCAGUGGUGGAUGGCAAGCUGUUGGGUGUGUAUGCACUGAGCAAGGUGGUUUCCAGUGAGGGGGGCUUUGAGGUUGUCACUAAAGAGAAGAAAUGGUCUCAGGUGGGCAAUCGAAUGGGAUACCAGCCAGGCAAAGGCACAGGCUCUCUUCUGAAGUUGCACUAUGACCGAAUCCUCUACCCCUACGAGCUGUUCCAGUCUGGCGUCAGCCUGAUGGUAAGAAAUGCACCUAGAAUAUUCUAGAGAGAAACCUUCUGUUUCAGUUUUUAGUAAAGGUACCGGUAUAGGACCUGUUAUCCAGAAUGCUCGGGACCUGGGGCUUUUCAGAUAAGGGUUCUUUCCGUAAUUUGGAUCAU